AUGUGUGCUCUUCCUCUCUCCGAGCAACUCGCAUUUGCACCCUUAAAUUUUUAUUCUUCAGAGAUUCGAAUCCACAAAUUUUCUUUUGGAAACUUGCCUGAUCAACAGCGUUUUCCAAGGUUUGGAUCUUUCCGAGAGAAAAAUCUAGAGAUUCAAGUGUUCAUUGAUUCCUUGAAGAAUACUCCGAGUGAAGAAGUUCCCACCUCUGACAACAUAGUGGAUGAUCCUCCUCAGAAUGAAGUUGCUGCAACAAGAGAUAUUCUCGAUUCCACAAAUGCUUUGGACGAUCCUCGAACGUUUACGAGUGCAGAAGUUCCUGAUCUUGAUGUUGAAGAUGAUUCUUCCGAUGAGAUUAUUUUUGAUGAUCACAACACUUUCGUUGGUGUUAUUCAGCAAUUUGAAGAAGAAGAAGAGAAAUUUAAAGGAAACAGGCACGCGUCUCCUCCUCCUGAAGCUACCUUGGAAGGUGAUCAAGGUGAAAAAACUCAAGAUGAUCUAAUUGAUGAUUCUAAGCCUACAAAGCCAAUUGAUGCUGAAUAUGAAAAUAACAAGACAUUAGAAAGUUCCACCUCGGAUACAUGA